AUGUUCUCGGGGUCCAGUUCCUACUUAGGGGGCGGCAACAGUGCCCGACCUGGGCAGCCACAAUAUGGCCAACAGCAACAGUCGUUCCAGCAGCAACCUGGCGGCUUUCAGGGCGGCAUGGCCCCUCAGCCAACAGGCUUUGGGGGAGCACCAUUGCAGCAGCAAUUCACUGGCUACCCGGGCCAGCCGCAGGGCUUUGGACAACAGCAGCAGCAGCAACAGCAGCAACAGCCCCAGCAACCACAGUAUACGGGCUACCCAGGCCAACAGGGGCAGCAAUUCCAGCAGCCGCAGCCGCAGCAGCAACAGCAAGCACUGCCACAGAUGCCCUUCCAGACAGGCGCACCUUCACAGCAAUCGUUUCAGUCGGGUGCCUCUGCACAACCCCAACGACCGCAACCAACGGGCAUGACUUCUGCGCAGAUGGCCGACUCCUUCAGAGGGGGCGCUUCAUCUGCACCGCCUCCUGUGCCGGCAAAGAUGACUAAGAUCCCCAACAUACGGCUCUCGUUCAUCACGGCGCAAGACCAGGCCAAGUUUGAGCAGCUCUUCAAGUCGGCCGUGGGCAGUGCCCAAGCGUUGUCGGGGGACCAGGCGCGGGACUUGCUGAUGCGGUCCAAAUUGCCUGGAGAUGCUUUGUCGCAUAUUUGGACGCUGAGCGAUACCACCAAGUCUGGCCAACUCCUCUUCCCCGAAUUCGCCCUCGCCAUGUACUUAUGCAACCUCAAGUUGACUGGCAAGGACCUUCCCAACUCUCUUCCUGAACGUGUCAGGAAUGAGGUGUCGAGCAUGGUAGACAUCAUCUCCUUUGGCGUCGGGGAAGAUCAGAUUAGCCGUCCUGCUUCAGCCAGCAAUGCCCGCAAAUUCAACGAGACUCCAACGAUCCAGCAGCCCCAACCACAGGCAUCAAACAGCCAACUUCUCUCCACUCUUGUUACUCAGCCCACCGGUUUCGGCCAGCCACAACCAGGUUUGCAGCCGCAGCAAACGGGCUAUGGGCAAGCCCCGGGAGGCUACAAUGGGCCCCGACCACCCAUGCCUCCUAUGCCUACAGGCUACGGCAACAAUUUGGCCCCAAGUCAGACAGGCAUGGCUCCGCUCAAUGCGCAACCCACAGGCAUGCCUGGGCAGUGGGGUCUGGUCAACACUCCUGCAACGGGAUUGCCCAACAUUGAAGCUUUGGCUGCACGUAUGAUGCCCCAGACAGGCAGAGAAAGCGGAGUUCAUACCACUGCGGGUCUGACUGGUAAUGCUACCAUCCCAUGGGCUAUCACCAAGGGCGAGAAAAAAUUGUACGAUGAUACGUUUCGAGCUUGGGACGGCAUGAACAAGGGAUACAUCAGUGGAGAGCAGGCCCUCGAGAUUUUCGGUCAAAGUGGCCUUCCGAAACCUGAUCUCGAGCGUAUCUGGACUCUUGCUGACUCUGCUGACCGCGGUCGUCUCAAUCUGGAUGAGUUCGCUGUCGCAAUGCAUCUUAUCUACCGCAAGCUCAAUGGAUACCCCAUCCCAGCUCGGUUGCCUCCAGAGCUCGUUCCUCCUUCCACCCGUAAUAUCAAUGAUUCUAUUGGUGCUAUGAAGUCGCUUCUGCGCAAUGAUGCAGAAGACAGGAAGAAUUCGGGAGCAUUCCUCCAGCCUCAGCGCACCGGCGUCAGCUAUCUCAAAAGUCACUCAUUUCGGUCUGGCAGCCCUCAAGCAGGCGGGCGAAAAGAUGCGACUGUUUUCAGAAACAAUGAUGAUAACGUCGGUUACAAGUCGAGUGCCAGGCAUCGUUUAGGUGCUGGUGGUCGUUCGCCGUCUCCCGCACAACCUGGGUCACCAUCAUCAGAGCGAGAGGAAAUGUCGAUUGACCAGCUUCGCAAGUUGGUCAAAGAAAAGCAAAUCAUCUUGGAUGCUAUGGACGCCCGAGACGAGAAUGCAGCAGACGAAGAAGAUGCGCUCGAUCGUCGGGACCGCAGAGAUGCGGAGGAUCUUUACCGCCGCAUUCGCAGGAUCCAAGAGGAUAUCGACGCUCACCCUAAGGCCGCUUUGAGAUCCACGGAUUCAGACGCAGAGCGUCGCCUUCUCAAGCGCCAGCUGCUAGUAUUGACGGAUCGCUUGCCUGAGCUUGCAUCCAAUGUGCGACGGACGGAACGAGAGAUCGCAGAUGCCCAGUUAGAGCUUUUCAGGCUGAGAGACGCCAAAGCCCAUCCAGGAUCUGCGUCUACGAUUGUAGGCACCGGUCCUGGUGGUGCUGUGACCGAAUCAGAUCGAUUGAAAGCUCGUGCCAAAGCCAUGAUGCAGGCACGCUCCGCUGCUUUGACCGGACGCCCUGCUCCUGUCAGCGAUGAUGGCGGUGCAGCAACUGAACGCUUGGAAAAAGAGAACUCUCGCAUCCGCGCGGAAAGAGAAAACAACGAACGCAUGAUUCGCGAGGUCGAGGAUAGUGUACAGGAGUACAGCAAGGGUCUCGAAUCAAGUCUCAAGGAGGGAGGACAUGACAACACCAGUGAACAUGAAAGACGCAGAUGGGAGGAAGCUCUAGGAGUAGAGGAUGAAGUCAAAGACUUCAUCUUUGAUCUUCAGCGAAGCAGCCGAGCGGCGCGUGUUCGCAAAGACGACUCGUCCCGUGACAAUUAUCGUCCAUCUGCCCGCUCAGAGACCCGUCCAGUUGCGGGGUCUCGCGACGUCAAUUCCUCUGCUAGUGCUGAGCCUGCGUCUCGACCAUCAGCACCAUCUGGUGGAGGGUCCUAUGCUUCUUACAAGACCCCUGAGGAACGCGCUGCUUUCAUUAAGCAGCAGGCUGAACAGCGCAUGGCGGAACGUCUCGCAGCAUUAGGUAUCAAAGCUCCAGUCAAGGCCGGUGAGACGCCUCAACAGCGAGCUGAGCGCGAGAAGAAAGAGCGGGAAGACAAGCUACGUCAAGCUGAAGAGGAAGAUGCUCGUCGUGAAGAGGAGCGACAAAGACGACUUAACGACGAAUCAACAGCUCCCCCCAUUGUCUCCAAAGCAAGUAGCAAGAAGCCUGCACCGCCUCCUCCAGUCUCGCGUAAGAGCAAGACUGAUGUACAUCAGCAUGACGUGAAGCAAGCUGAGGCUGAGUCGAAGAGAGUGGACCAUGACCUCGCAGAACAGGCCCUUCGUGAGCAACAAGCAGCGCAGGAAGCGGAAACACGGCGCAUGGAGGAUGAAGAGCGUGCCCAAGAAGACGAGCUUGCCAAGGAACGAGAAGCCGCGCAAGCUCGCCUACGAGCCCUUGAAGAGCAAGUGCAACAAGGCAAGCUCAAGAAAGCCGAGGAAAAGAAGCGAAGGGAGGCUGCCCAGAGAGAGGCGAAAGAAAAAGAGGAGCGCUUGGCUGCUCGACGAGCCGAAAUAGAGGCAGCCCGUGAACGUGAACGGCAACUGCAAUUGCAGCUCGAAGCGUUGGAGGACGAUGAGUCUUCUGAUGACGAAGGCCCCCAGAACAUCACUCCUCAAGACACCACCCCUACCGCCAGCCAGGAGUUGGCACGCGACGCUGCACCGCCAGCUGCACCGCCCAUGCCAGUUGUGCAUCAAAACACACCUCCGUCAUCGGUUGCCAGCCCACCCUCAUCUUCUCUGACCAGCCCCCAUCCUGGACUUGGUGACACAGAGACCAAGAACCCCUUCUUGAAGAAGAUGGCUUUGACAAAUCAAGAGAACAGCGCGUCUGCACCUCCGCCUCCGCCCAGCAGCACUAGUGAAGUGUCCACGAACCCAUUUCACCGUCUGACACAGGAAAAUGCCAACAAGUCCACCAUACCUACCUUCAACGAGCCUGCUGCUCCCUCAGCUCGCAGGCUGGGGAAGCAAGACGACGACGACUGGUCUGUCGUUGACUCGGACGAUUCUUCCUCUGACGAAGACGAAGGUCCCUCGCAAGGUGGCGCCAAGCAACUCGCAUCUAUUCUCUUCGGCACCAUGGCACCACCCCGUCCCCUCUCCUCAAUGGACAACAAGAGCCCCCGCGCUGAGAGCCCAGCUGUAGCCUCCCCUGCUGGCAUUCCACCACCACCACCGCUGCCUUCAGGCACAGCGCCUCCACCUCCACCUGGACCUCCACCUCCACCUGGCGGCGCAGCGCCUCCCCCGCCGCCUAUGCCUAGUAUGCCGGCACCUGGCGCCCUACCAAACCGAGGUGCGCUCCUCGGUGAGAUUGCAGCUGGUAAGGGGUUGAGGAAGGUGGAGACGAAAGAUCGAAGUACGGCGGCUACGGCUGGUAGAGUUUUGUAA